AUGGUGCAGCUGGAGCUGCUGUGUGCGGCCGCAGCGCUGAUGCUGCUCGGGGCAGCUGUCAGCCUCUGCAUCAGGUGCCAACAGUCUGCUACCAAGCGGGAGACGCAGCUGAGGGAGCCAAGGAGCCAGUUUGAAAGCCAUCAGAGCUUUGAGGUGAUUCGAUCCUAUUCCGGGAUGGAGGCUGAGCCCAGGUACCAGAAUUUCCUGACAGAGGAAUGCCUGCAAGGGGACUCUGCCUACGUGGAGCCCAUAUCUCUGGAUUACUACAACUGUGCUGGGUUCUUCAGUCCACCCAAAGAGAAAGAGGAGGAUUCCUAUUCCUAUGAAAACGUCAUCAUUGGAGUGUCUCAUGGCUCUGGUCCAGAUGAGAGUGUGGACUAUGAGAACAGCGCAGCACUGCACACAUGGAAGAAGCUCCAGCAAGCAGAAGUUGCCCUGGUGCAAGCACAGCUGUGA